AUGGUUUCAGGUCUGACGGUCGGCUUGUUGUUGCUCUUGCCCGCAGCGUUCGCGGCGCCUGUGCAACGCUCCCUUCCAGGACCUAUAUCUGCUGCUUCCGCCAGAACGGCCUUGGCUUCUCUGACCGUCUCUGCUGAAGUAAACACUCCAGCUUACGACCGAGACCUAUUCAAGACAUGGGAUAUCAUAUCCGGGACGUGUGAUACCAGAGAAACUGUCCUCAAGCGUGAUGGGACAAACGUUGUGACGAGUACUGCAUGUGCGGCUACUUCCGGGACAUGGGUAUCUCCCUACGACGGCAUCUCUUUCACGGUCUCAAGUCAACUGGACAUCGAUCAUGUUGUCCCAUUGAAAGAGGCUUGGGUUUCCGGCGCACGUAAUUGGACCCCAGCACAACGCGAAGCAUUUGCCAAUGACUUAACCCGGCCUCAACUCGUCGCAGUGUCAGCAAGUUCGAACCGAUCCAAGGAUCCUGCAUUAUGGGUGCCACCCCUCGCUAGUUUCAGAUGCACGUACGCUCGUGCGUGGGUGCAGGUUAAACAAUUCUACAGCCUCACGAUCGAUAGCGCAGAGAAAGCUGCACUUACCAGCCUGCUUGCGAGCUGCUGA